AUGAAUGAAGGUGAUGAUGAUAUUAGUGUUGAUAAAAACGAAGACUCUGCUGCAUUACCAUCACCUGAAGCAUUAGAAACUUCAUCCUUCUUAGAUAAACCAAGUAAAAAGAAGUUAAAGAAAGGUGUUUUUAAUAAAGCAUGGUUGAAUUUGGUCGAAUAUAAAUCGUUUUUAAACGAAUAUAAACCUGAUUCGUCUCAAGCAACAUGUAUCAUUUGUAAUCAACAAUUUUCGGUGCAUUAUCGUGGUAAAGCUCUGAUAUUGGCAAUCAUACUAAGACCAACAAUCACCAACAUCAUAUGA